UCAUGAGACAUGCUGCAUCUCAGCCUUCGGCAGACCUGCCAUCAUUCUUGACAGUGUUAAAGCUGUUCCCGAUCUUCUGGAAAAUAGAUCCACUGUCUAUUCUUCUCGUCCUGAGCCCCACAUGGCAGACACGAUGAGAUAUUCAUCAAGUUCUCCACUCGCUCCUUACGAACCCAAGUUUUGCUCAUGAGCUUCGCGCUUAAUGCAAAGAUAUCCAAAACAUAUCACCCUAUGCAAGAGCACAUUGUUCAACAGUUCGCAUUAUCGCUGCUGGACAAUCCCUUCAAGUUCAGAGAAAGUCUCAAGGGUGCCACUGGUAGCGCCAUAAUGGAGAUUUCUUGUGGCUACAAGCCAAAGGACAUCAAGGACUCGUUUGGCUCUCGUUGUGCAAAUUUUGGGCUUGCUGUCUCAGGAGGCUUCUGGAUUGAUUAUCUGCCAUAUUUCCUUUUUUUUGGUGGAACCCUCGGUGGUUUUCGCGGGCAAGAAUGUCUGGAGGCUUGUGGGGAAGGCGGGGCCUUCCAGGUCCUGUAUCGUCAUCAUCACUCUCAAGUGGACCUGUACAGUAAAAUAUAUCCUGUAACAUGAAUUUGUGAGUAGUCUGUCGCUCUGGAUCCCAUUGACAAAAAGACUACGGGGAGAGGAAGACGGAGAAGAAAUAAUCAAGUGCACUUCUGCCCUUUUUGGAGGCACC